ACGUCCCGGAAUUCGAAGCGAACGCUGUUGAGGUGGCGGCCCAGGAUCGCUAAAGGCUGGGCAGGCGUCGGUAGGCUCAGAAGUUGGCCGGGCCAGAGCGGAGACUCCAAGGUUGAGGCACAGAGGCUCUUAAAGAGGCCCGAGCGAUUUCCCAUUCCGCGUCCACUUUAAAGCCAGCGCCGCCGAGGUCUGACCUACCAGAAACAUGGCAACCAGUGCCGUCCCCAGUGACAACCUCCCCACGUACAAGCUGGUGGUGGUGGGAGAUGGGGGUGUGGGCAAGAGUGCCCUCACCAUCCAGUUUUUCCAGAAGAUCUUCGUGCCUGACUACGACCCCACCAUCGAAGACUCCUACCUGAAACACACAGAGAUUGACAAUCAGUGGGCCAUCCUGGAUGUUCUGGACACGGCCGGGCAGGAGGAGUUCAGCGCCAUGCGGGAGCAGUACAUGCGCACGGGGGAUGGCUUUCUCAUCGUCUACUCGGUCACGGACAAGGCCAGCUUCGAGCACGUGGACCGCUUCCACCAGCUCAUCCUGCGCGUCAAGGACAGAGAGUCGUUUCCAAUGAUCCUCGUGGCCAACAAGGUCGAUCUGAUGCAUUUGAGGAAAAUCACCAGGGAGCAAGGAAAAGAAAUGGCGACCAAACACAAUCCGGUGAUGAUUCCUCACUAUCAAACGUGCAGACACAAGCCUUCCAUAAACACGGCCGAGCUCCUGGACUCGUGGAUGCAGACCAAACAAGAGCUGAGCUCGGGAAGCUUAUUGGGGGCGAGGAGGCACAGACCGGCUAGGGGUCACCAAGAUUCCGUACAUAGAAACCAGUGCCAAGGACCCACCUCUCAACGUCGACAAAGCCUUCCAUGACCUGGUUAGGGUAAUUAGGCAACAGAUUCCAGAAAAGAGCCAGAAGAAGAAGAAGAAAACCAAAUGGCGGGGAGACCGGGCCACUGGCACCCACAAACUGCAGUGCGUGAUAUUGUGACGGGCCUGCGGCCCUGGCCAUGGUGACCGUGAACUGGCCGGCCCUCGGGACCCUCCACUGCCUAACCGCACUGAAAACCAUUUCUAACCACGACCCUUGGCCCGAGGACCUGGCACGGGAAGGGAGAAAGGGAGGGUGGGCAGGGAGGAGCGAGGCUCCGGCUUUGCCAGAAGGGCACAGGCUUUCCCGUGUCUCACAAGAGACAGGGAAGCAACGCUAAACAGAAGCAACAUCCAAGCCCCUCACAUUGGUUCCACCCGGUUCCUCCCCAUCUCUCGGUGGCUGUGUUGUUUCUUUGAAGUACACAGUUUUGGUGUGGUGUGGAAUGUGUGUCCACGGACAGAGUACCGAACAAGCCAUGAUCCACCCCCCACCCUCCAGCCCCCAGCCCAAAGUGUCUGACCUUGGGGGGCUUUUGUAGAUUUUUAAAUUAUUUUAGUGAUUAUUAUUUUAUUAAAGGGGUCUGUGCCCACUGACUGGCAGAGCUUCAGGUUCUCAGCAGGCCUCUCUGAGAACGCGUUUGGAAUACUGUUGUUGUUUGUAACUGAGUUUUCCCAGCAGUGCCAAAACUCAGCUCAACAUGCAAGUGGAGGGACCGAGAGCGUGGAAGUGAGUGGAGACGGUGGCCGGAGGCCUCAGGGGGCACACCCCACUCCCGGCCUCCAAACUGGACAGGAGAGAGAUGUGGUCAUCCAGAAGGUUUUACUGUGCCCGAGGGUGCAGGUGUUAGAAACGGAAUUUUAUUUUGCUGAGCGGAGAGGCUGGUGCGAGCAUGUCCGUUUUCGGAGGGGUAUUCAUGGUCCUGGACAUGUAAAAGUUAAGUCAGCUGAUUGGCUUUGCAAAAGUGGCCGUUUGCAUCCCAGACAGUGCGGAUUGAGUUCUGUGCUCUGAGGGCUCUCCCGGGUCUGUCUCUUCCUGCUUUCCCACCGCCUGGGCUGCCUCGCGGCUCUCGGAUACAAACAGACGUGGGCCUGUACAUCUCAGCGCGUCCCAGUGAGCUAACGUGGACGCCAUCCAGAAAGCUCUAGUUCAUGCUGAAUCUUAACCAAAAAUGAUCCAAUACUAAAACAGCACCAAGACCUGAAGCCAUUUUCCCUUGGAGCCCACCGACUACCACUUCUUAAAGCCCCGUAAGCGAGCAAACCCCGCUAAGCAUUUGCAAACUUAGGAUUCGCUUGCCUUUCGGCACACACUUUUCUUAGCUUUUUGGAUCUUAACUGUAACAUAUAAUUAAAGGAGAAAGAAAGGUUGGGGUGAUGACAUGACCCCCAUACAUCUGUUUCUAUAAGGGGACACUCCCCCAACUUCCUGACGAUGUCACUUCCCUCUCAGGUGCUGUUGGCAUGAUCCAAAGACUGGGUUUUCCCAGCCAGGGAGGGAGGAGGGGCAGCAGCAACUGCAGUGCCCCCCGCCCCCGACAGAAGGUCAGAAGAUGAGGUAGCCUGGCUCGUGACCUCGUUUUCCAUUUACAAAUCAGGUCACUAGGCAAACUAGAGCAUCCGUAGCAGGUGGCCUGGCUACUCUUUGGAGAAAGAAACCCUGAGAAAGUGAGCACCCCACUGGACAUGGAGACACCUGGCAUCUUCUCUGGUUUAGAAAGCAUGCUGCAUUCCUAACUCAGCAAGAUCAGCAGCACCAGGGGCCCAGCCGAAGAGUGAUUCUGUGUCAAAUGAAAUCAUUGGGACUUUGAUUAAUUGGAAGAUCAAACUUCUUUGUCUCAGUGGCCUUUUUUUCCCUUGACCCUGAAAGGAAAGAUAACAAAGAACAUUCCAGAUCAGGCACUUCAGAGUGUCCCAAGAUCCUAUAAUGUUAAUGGGCAUUUUAAACACAGGACAAGGCUCUUUCCGACCCUUCCGCUCCUCCGAGCCAAGUCCGUGGCAGCCCCGUGUGCAAAAGAGAGGAGGCAGCGGUGGCAGCAAGACAGGCGGGAAGACAUGGAUGGAGAUGCUUUGCAGUGAAGGAGUGGUGGGGUGGGAAGGGAAGCCAUGUACACGGGGCAGUGGCCACUGCUGGAAGCUUCUACUAGGCACGGAUCACCACCAGCACGCCCCUGCCCCCUGCCGAGCCCGCAACUCCUUGGCAGCACUGAGUGGGGAGUCCUGUUGGAAGCAGAUCGGCUGACCUAGAACGAAACCCUUAGCCAUGAAGGUAACCAGACACACGGGUUCCAUCUGUUUCUGGUUCCUCCCCCAACGGGGCAGUGCUUCUGCCCACCCCAGCCGCAUCUUCCAGGGCACGUGUCUUGCAGUCAGCCCGUGGCUAAGCGGAUAAACUGGUUAAGGAAAGGCCUGCUGCUGCUAAGUCGGGUCAGGCUUCAUCUUCCAUGACCUCGUGUUCCCCAGAGCUGAGACAGAUAAAUAACACUUUUCAAAGACAGUUCUUCAUGUUUAAGGCACUGUGGGCCCUUGUAGCAGUGGGGGCUUCCAGAUAGGUCAGAAUGGAGCGUACCCUGGGGCAUCCUCAGUACAAAAGCUUCUCCAUGGUGACAUGGCAGGGUCAUUUGGAACACCAGUUGGUCAUGCUACUCCAUGACUGAGGAGUCCAAUGGGACUUGCGUCUUUGGUGACAUUUUGGUGUUUCCACUGGUUUUCCAGACCACCUUUACAUCUUCUGGAAUACACCCUUCCUGAAAUCCCCUCACCCCAUGCCUUUGCCACUGUGUGCUCUCCAAUUUUCUCCUAAAAUUGGACACCCCCAAUUAGAGGGCUACUUUUCUACCCAACAGUUAAUCUUAGCCAUCUUGCCCACCCCUCCAGCCUGGGGCUCUGGCCACUGACUUCUCUUAUACUUUGCCACACAGGGGUCACUUGGAUGGUUCUUCUUAGAGACUUUGACUCCACCUUGGGUUGUUUGCUGUGGAGAGUGCCUGGUAGCCUAGGGUGGCCAAUCUCACUUUGCCAGGAGACGUGACCCACUAACACAUGGCAGCUCUGACCCAGAGACCCCUCAGAUGUGUGAUGGUAAAUCUGGAGCCGCAGACAGAUUCCCUCCAUUAGCAGCCCAUUGGGUUAGAAAUUCCGUGUUGGGUUUACAUAGAAUGAAAGAUACUUGACCUGUGGAGUGCCCGUGAGUGCACAGCUUCUGCUGCCCAGCGUGAAGAGAUGGCCGUUGUUGUGAAACGGGAGUGAUGCCUGAGGGUCUCGAUGAUGCUUGAGCCUUUUGUGUAACUUUUUAUUAAGUCUUUGUGUAUCUCAACUCAUUAAUAAAGAAAAGAAGAACACU